AAAGCUGGACAUGUAUUAAAACAGAAAACCACAAACAAACAAUGUUCAGUUUGCACUCUUUGCCGACUAGUUGGAAGACAUGACCAUGUGAUAUCCUAAUGAGAUAUUGGAACCGACUACUAGGCCUUCCAAUUCACCACAUAUCGAGCCUUAUCUAUUGUCCCGUCAUUUGAGAACAUAGACUUCACCACGUCUUAAGCCUGUCCCUCCAAGUCACCUUAGUUUUCCUUCAUAACAAGCAUGUCCUUCAUAACUAGAUUGUCCCAGCAAACACCUCUUGUCCACACACACCAAAUUAACAGUCUUUUUCAUGUGCCAUGUCCAUCUAUAAAUACACAUAUAUCUAUGGUCACUACCACCUCAAGCCUUCACAUUCUUAAAAAUAUUGCAUUUGCUUGCAAGAACAAAUCUUCAAAGAUCUCUUUCUUCCUUUUAUUCUGCAAAUAUACCAAACCAUGGGACUUCGUUUCCCCAGUGCAUCUCUUGCUAAGCAAAUUCUCCGCCGCUCUGCUUUGACCGCAACUAGAGCAGCUUCUACAUCCUCAGAUGUACCAAGAGGCUUCUUUGCAGUUUAUGUUGGAGAGAAUCAGAAGCAGCGGUUUGUGGUUCCUGUGUCCUAUUUGAACCAGCCUUCAUUUCAAAAUUUGCUAAGAAAAGCUGAAGAAGAAUUUGGGUUUCAUCAUCCAACAGGUGGUUUGACAAUCCCAUGUAGAAUAGACACCUUUAUCAAUGUCACUUCUCACUUGAGCAGUUCACAAGAGAGGUCAAACUACCCAUGAGACAAUUUUGUAAAGCAGGAAUUGCCAAUACAUUGUAGAUUUUUUCUUUUUCUUUUCUUGUGUUCUGCUUUUUAGUAGAAAAAUGGGAUUACAAAAAUCUCCCCAUUUGAAAAAAAAUGUAAGACGGGUCCUUUGAUUCGUAGUGGAAAUCAAGCAAUUGCAUCUCUACCUCA